UAUAGUAUAUAUUGAAAGUAACAUGGCUUCUUGUUAUUAGUGCAGGCAAGGUUAGGAUCAUGUACGAACAAAGAAAUUUAAUGAAAAAGUUCGUUAUUAGGAUAAAAUGAAAUCUAUAACAAUUUAACAUUUUUCUUGCAAGACAAUCUUUGAAAAAGUGUAUUCAUCGCAAUAUCUGUUUUAAAGUAAUUUUAAUUACUUACAAGCUACAUAUCUGAGCGUACAACAACUGUCACGGACGAUUCAUGCUCUGCACAAUCGUAUCCAAAUAUCCAAAAUAUCGACGUAAAUUGAUUGACGAAUAAAAUUCGUUGGAAUAAUGGAACACACAAUUCCAUCCGAUAUCCUUGAUGAUCUCAGUAGUCGAUUUAUUAUCAAUGUUCCUGAGGAGGAGAGGAAAGAUUUGGUGCGAAUUUGCUUUCAAAUCGAAUUGGCGCACUGGUUUUACCUUGACUUCUACUGCACAGAGGAGAAUCCGAAGCUAAGGUCAUGUAACAUGAAGGAAUUUUCCACCCAUAUAUUCCAGCACAUACCUUUUUUGAAGCCACAUGUGCAGCACAUUGAUGCUGUGCUCGAACAAUGGAGAGAAUACAAGCAGAAUGUGCCGACAUUUGGAGCAAUUGUGCUAAAUGAAGACAUGACCAAGGUGUUGCUGGUGCAAAGCUACUGGGCAAAGAACAGCUGGAGUUUUCCCAAAGGAAAAGUAAAUGAGGAUGAGGAGCCCUUUCUUUGCGCCAUUCGAGAAGUGUUAGAAGAGACUGGCUUUGAUAUAUCUAAUUUAAUAGAUAAAAACGAAUAUAUUGAAUCUGUAAUAAAUGAUCAAGUAGUGAGACUGUACAUUAUCUCGGGUGUGCAAAAGGAUACAAAGUUCCAACCGAAAACGAGGAAAGAAAUAAAAAAUGUCGAAUGGUUCUCCGUGGCAGAUUUACCCAAUACCAAGAAAGAUAUGACUCCUAAAAUGAAGAUCGGAGUUGGACCAAAUGCAUUUUUUAUGGUUGUACCUUUUGUCAAACGGAUGAAGCGAUGGAUUCAAGAGAAACAACAACGUGAGAGACACGCUAUGACUGUCCGAAGACAAAGGCAUAAAUCGUUGGGAGAGGUCGAGACUGUUCCGAAAAGCAAACGACAACAGAUACUUUUCCAUCAUUUUUCUACUUGCCCACCACAAGUAGGCCUUCAUCUGAGUGAAGUUCCAGAUUUUAAGAUUAGCCGUCAAUCGAACAUCUCUCCAGCUCGCAAUCGUCGUGGUACAAGCGACAAUAAGAAAGACGCUCUAUCGAAAGCAGCCUUUAAACGAAAUCUAUUUGGAGAUCACGAAGAAACUCAAUUGCAGGGUCUCACUAAAUUAACAGAUAGCCCUGCUCAGACUUGCUCAUUUCUAAUCGAUCCUGCGAUCCAGUCGAUCAAGUCCAACGAUUUCAAUUACAAAGCACAAUCUUGGGAAGAAGAAAAAGAUUGUCGCAAGAAAAGCCUACCAGAGGGAAAUAUUAAGGCGUUAUUGUUUGGAGAAGCCGCAUGCAAAUUACAAAAAGAUUUUAAAACCAUUUCAUCACUUCCUUUUGUAAAUUCAGAACACGACGGUCAGUUUUUAAGGAAGAAUUACAUAGAUUGUAAAGACCUUUCUUCUACUGAUUUUUACUUAGAGAGUUGGCAGAAUUUUAAAUUUGAUAGACAAGAAAUAUUGAAAAAUUUGGAAUCGCUAUAUAUCUAAUUCGGAAGAAAUGGAUUACCAAAAUGAGAAGUGUAGAUGUUAACCUCGGAGAGCAGGAAUUUUCUAUCUUUGCAGAUUAUGAAAAGUUUCACGUUCAAAACGUGUCAUUAUUUCUAAUUAUCGUUCAUAUUCAUUAUCUAUAGUUGCUUUUCUUAUCAAUUUAAAUUCAAGUUUUAUUUCAUGAUUGUACUCUAUUGUACAUACUUUCGUUACUAUAUACAUACUGUAUAUAUAUUAUCUGGACAUAAGCCUCUAUCCUGUAACAUGAUGAUAAAUUUAGUGCAAAUUCAUACUUUGUUAUAUGAAAACCAUAGGCAUAGGAAUAUUCCUAUGUCUAUGCUGAAAACCAUGAAAACUGAUUACAGAGAAAAAUCGCAUGUUGCUUUUGUUCGUCAACCGCGCGCGUAAUAAGAUUUUUAAAAAUUUUUAUAUAAAACAUACUGAUUUGAAACAAAAGAAUUUGUUACUUUUUAAUUAAAUUUUGGUAAUUCACUAUUUUCGAUAUGAUAAACUUUAAGAAACAGGUUGUUCUUAAAUCAUGUACAAAUAAUGGUAUAAUCCCAUUUAUAACUAUAGAAAGGCAAUUACAGCGCAUAAAUAAUAUAUUGUACAUUUUGGUUUUGAUAUCAACACUUUCUUGCUGAAGUUGUUAGUCUUUUUUUUUUAACGAAUUGACGUUAAAUUAGCGUUAAUUAAGAUAACAUCUAACGUAUAAUAUAUUUGAAAAGAAUAUUGAGGACGAUUAUUAGGACACAGAGAAUUAGCACAACUUGACCGAUAAAAUACAGUAUUUUUUCAAAGACAUGAUUGCCGGUCUGCACACUUUUGAUAAUUUCGUUAUUCAAUUCAAAGACUAUUUUACUUUCUUCGAUAAGUUUAUUUUUCGUGUCCUCGUCCAAUGUCUCCGCAAUUCUAUUCAUGGAUUCGCGUAAGUCGCUCUUUAAUUGAAAUAUACUGUUCUGUCCGAAGUCUGUGACAUUGUUACCAUCACUCGGCGGUGGCGCUUUAAAAGGCGAAAUCUUUUGCAUGAGCUGCCGCUUUUUGCGCAGAAUAAUACCACCGCUUAAAAGACCCAUGUAAAGAUGAUAAAUGUACGCCAUUAGUAGAGUAGGAUCCGUAUCUUCUACUUCUCUUAAACGCAUCAGAUAUUUAGCGACGCUAUCUCUGAAACAUUUGUAAAACAGUGUAAUUUAAAAUAUUAUUUUUACAAUAUUUAAACUAUUACCAAGUUACUAUUGUAAAAGACUGAUAUUUGUAUUAUUGUAUUAUAAAUGAAAGGAAACAAA